AUGGCGCCGUUUUUAUUCCAAGGCGGACACGUCAUUGGUGGAAAUACUGCAAUGCCAUUUGGCUCCGGUUCUCCGGCUGCACCAGGAUUCGGGUAUGGAGCAUGGAGUGGCAUGUAUCCACCACAUCAAGCCCCCACCACAUCGAACAGCGACGAAUGCAUGAAGAAGAGUGGAGGUUUGGGAAUGCCUAUUGGUGGUCCAGGAACGGUAUCAACGAACAUGUUCUCUACUUCACCUCCAUUUCCUUAUCAAAAUCCAAUGCUAGGAGUGACGAAUAGUUUAUCGAACUUAUCAAUUGGUGGACCACAGAUCACCAGCCCCUUGCGUCACGAUCAACCAUUUCCGGGUCAAUCCAAUGCGCUCCAAAACCUGACCGCCCCUCAUAUGAUGUAUAUGCAAUAUAAUCAGUCCAAUCCUCAGACGCCUACUCUUGGCAAUAGCCCGACCUUUUUUGGUAGUGCCAUAAAUGGUAUACAAAAUAUGAGUUUGGCUCCCGGAAGCGCCUUGCCCGGCUAUGGUGGUUCUCGUGGGCCAUUCUUCAAUCCGCAACCUCAACCGAAUAAUGUUUCACCGUUUAAUGGGAUGCAUCAAAGAAGACUAAUGGAUGACACAGGACCGAGGAUACCAGGAAAUCGUAGUCAUAUCCUCGAGGACUUCCGUAACAACCGAACUCCUCCGCUGCAAAUCACUGACAUUCUGUCGCAUGUUGUUGAAUUUGCUAAAGAUCAGCACGGGUCUAGGUUCAUCCAGCAGAAACUUGAACGAGCGUCUGUAAAAGAGAAACAACUGUUGUUCGAAGAGGUGCUAGCAAAUGCUCAUGCGUUAAUGGUUGAUGUAUUCGGGAACUAUGUUAUCCAGAAGUUCUUUGAAUUUGGUACACCGGAGCAGAAAGCAGCACUGGGACGCUCACUGAAGGGGAAUGUGAUGAAUUUAGCGCUGCAAAUGUAUGGAUGCCGAGUGAUUCAGAAGGCUAUGGAAUCCAUCGAUGAGUCGUUACAACUUGAAAUUCUCAAAGAAAUGGAAGGACACGUGCUGAAGUGCGUUAAAGAUCAGAAUGGCAAUCACGUUGUGCAGAAGGUUAUCGAAAAGGUGAAACCGGAACGUCUUCAGUUUAUCAUCAACACAUUUACGAAGAAUGGUCCUGACACGAUUACCCAAUUGUCAAUGCAUCCAUAUGGAUGUAGGGUAAUACAAAGAGUGUUGGAACAUUGUUCGGAAGAACAGAAGCGACCCGUUUUGGAAGCACUACAUGCGAACAUGAGUACGUUGAUUGUUGAUCAGUACGGGAACUACGUGGUACAGCAUGUAAUCGAGCAUGGAAGCAAUUCGGAUAGAGAUAGAAUUGUGCAAGAGGUGGCAGGCAAUGUUCUCCGAUACGCACAACACAAAUUUGCAUCGAAUGUUAUCGAAAAAUGCUUAAUAUGUGCUGGUAGUCAUCACAAAACGCUCCUCAUCGAUGAAGUCUGCGGCACACCGAAUGACCCACAACCGCCUAUUUUGCUAAUGAUGAAAGAUCAAUUUGCAAACUACGUUGUACAGAAGAUGUUAGACAUCGCAGAUCCGGUUUAUCGUAAAAAGAUGAUGUAUGCGAUAAAACCACAUAUCCCGGUACUGCGCAAAUAUAGCUAUGGAAAGCAUAUAAUCACCAAACUUGAGAAGUACUUCCAAAAACAGCAGUACAAUCAUGCACAACAACACCAGCAUCCUCAAUAUGACAUGACCGGAAUGCAGGUCGCAAAUGUUAAUCCCGCAGUGAUGUAA